GUGGUGCCUAAUUCUAGCCAGUCAUUUUGGGAUCAAAUUGUAUAAUUCUUAAUCAAUAUUAAAGUAUUUUACCCGUGAUUUUAAUAUUUGGAAUAUGUUAAUCCAUGGAUCCAGCAGCUACCAGCACCCCGAUGCAAGACGAAUCUGAGCGAGAGCCAGGUUCCAUUUGGGACUGGUGGCCCUCGUGGCGUCCAACCUCCAUGUCUCUUUUGAAAAGCACAGAAGCAAAGAUCCUCACCUGUAUCCAGAAUGACCUUUGGGCCAGGUUUGUGACUCUCCCCAACCAAGACCGCAUAUGGACUCUCACCCUUACCAACAAGUCGAUUCGCAAACCUUCCAAACAAGCUCCUAAGACUCCCCUGGUGAUGGUCCAUGGCUUUGGAGGAGGUGUAGGCCUGUGGAUCAGGAACCUCGAUGCACUGAGUUAUUCCCGGCCAGUAUAUGCCUUUGACCUCCUGGGUUUUGGCCGGAGCUCCAGGCCUUCUUUCUCCACAGACCCAGCUAUGGCGGAAGAACAGUUUGUGAACUCUAUCGAGCUGUGGAGAAAGUCGGUAGGCCUGGAAAACAUGAUCCUACUGGGACAUAGUCUCGGAGGUUAUCUAGCUACCUCCUAUGCCAUCCAGUACCCUGCAAGAGUAACUCACCUUAUCCUGGUAGAUCCAUGGGGAUUUCCAGACCGACCCCAGCCAGGAGCUCAGAUUCAGGAAGGUCAAGGCCAGGGCACAGAGGUGAUGAAGAAGCCUCCUCCUCCUCGCUGGGUGAAGGCAAUAGUGGCGGUGGUCUCCCUGUUUAAUCCGCUGGCGGUUAUUAGAGCAGCAGGCCCAUGGGGUCCGGGCUUGGUGAACCGAUUCCGUCCAGAUUUUAAGAGGAAAUUUGAAGACCUGUUUGACGAUGAUACCAUGACCCAGUACAUCUACCACUGUAAUGCUCAGAGCCCCAGCGGUGAGGUGGGCUUCCGGGCCAUGUCGGAGUCCCUGGGCUGGGCCAAGAGGCCCAUGGUGCAGCGGGUUCACCAGCUGCCGGCCUCCAUGCCCCUCACCUUGCUUUAUGGCACUCGCUCCUGGGUGGACAGCUCCACCGGGCACAAAGUGGCCCAGAUCAGAAACGAAAGCCACACCAGAGUGAUGUUGAUAAAUGAAGCCUCUCACCACGUCUAUGCUGACCAGCCAGGAGAGUUCAACAAAGUGGUAGUUAAUAUAUGUAACGCUGUGGAUUAGUGUGUGUGUGUGUGUGUGUGUGUGUGUGUGUGUGUGUGUGUGUGU